AUGGCGUCUGCAAACAAAACCUCACCAGAUGAUCUGACAAUUGAGAAUUUGACGCCCCAUGUCAUCAAACUAGGUUCAAACAUCAACGAUGAGCGCGUGAAAUUCGUCUUCGCAAAGCUGAUCCAAUACUCACACGACUUUGUCCGAGACACGAAACUGACCACGGCCGAAUGGGAGGCGGCAUGGCAGUACCUGACCGAGUUUUGCACCCCGGACCGGCAGGAAAUGAUCCUCCUCUCCGAUGUCCUGGGUAUAUCGGCGCUGGUCGAUGCCAUCAACAACCCGACUGCUCCGCGAGCGACGGAAUCGUCUGUACUAGGACCUUUCCACAAUGAAGCCCACGAGUUCGACAACGGCCAAUCCAUCGCUUCCAAGGGAGCUAUCGGAGAACCCAUGCUCAUCCGCGGAACGGUCACUGACACCGAAGGCAAUCCACUGCGCGGCGCCUCGGUAGAUGUAUGGGAGACGAACGGCAACGGCUUCUACGACAUGCAGGACCCCGAAAAGGACGAACCGGACUGUCGCGGUAUCUUCCACACGGACGAAGAGGGUAGGUUUGCACUGGUCGGCGUAAGGGCAGUCGACUAUCCGAUCCCGUUUGAUGGACCGGUGGGUGUUCUGCUACGCCUGCUGAACAGAUCGAAUGUGCGACCAGCACAUGUGCAUUUUGUGCUCCAACACCCAGACUGCGUUCGACUUACCACGGCGUUGUACUCGAAUGACAGCACGAACGUGGCGCUGGAUCCCGUCUUUGGGGUGAAGAAGAGUCUCAUUAAGCAAUUCGGGUGGUCGGAUGACGCCGACCUAGCCAAGCAGUUUGGGGUUGAGAUGCUAGAAAGGGUCGACGCUCAGGGUAAGAAAACGGCCGGAUUCUGGACGCUGGAGCAUGAUUUUGUUUUGGUCAGGAGAUAG